AAGAAGGAACCGGAAGUAGACUGCGAUGAAAACAAAACAACCCUCACAAACAUAAUCACCCUUCAAAAUUGUAGCAACUUCAUUUUUUCUUUAUGAAAUUUAAUUUUGCCAACAUUUAGAAUAACAUCACACUUUAAUUAACUUGUACAAACUAAAUUUACUCCUUUAAUUACAGCCGAGACGACAUAUUAGCUUAGCAUUAGCUGCUAGCAACACACCUAGCUUAGAUUCUGCAGACGACGUUUAGCAGCGAAGCUAACACGAUGUCGGAUGAUUAUGAGUUCACUGAUGACCCCACCAUGAUGAGGAUGGAGGAGGACGGGGAGGCGACCAGCGACGACCCGAUGUCCACGGCUGGAGACUGCGGCCUGAUGGGGGGCGAGGCCGAGGGCUCCAGGAUAGACGCCAGUAAAAACGAGGAGGAUGAGGGGAAGAUGUUUGUUGGAGGGCUCAGCUGGGACACGACUAAGAAGGACCUGAAAGAUUACUUUUCCAAGUAUGGGGAGGUCGUAGACUGCACCCUAAAGCUGGACCCCAUGACUGGACGUUCACGGGGCUUCGGCUUUGUGCUCUUCAAAGAUCCUGAAAGUGUUGACAAGGUUGUCACACAUAAGGAACAUAAACUCAAUGGAAAGGUCAUUGACCCCAAAAAAGCCAAGGCCAUGAAGAGUAAGGAGCCUGUGAAGAAGAUCUUUGUUGGUGGUCUCUCUCCAGACACUCCCGAGGAGAAAGUCAGAGAGUACUUUAGUGCCUUCGGAGAGUUGGAGUCAAUUGAACUUCCCAUGGAGAACAAAACAAACAAAAGGAGAGGCUUCUGCUUCAUCACAUUCAAAGAGGAGGAACCAGUUAAGGGGAUCAUGGAGAAGAAGUAUCACAAUAUUGGACUAAGCAAGUGUGAAAUAAAAGUGGCCAUGUCCAAGGAGCAGUACCAGCAGCAGCAGUACUGGGGAGGAAGAGGUGGAUACUCAUCCAGGUCUCGAGGAAGAGGCGGUGGUCCCAAUCAGAAUUGGAACCAGGGUUACGGCAACUACUGGAAUCAAGACUACGGGAAUUAUGGCAAUUAUGGUUACGGUAAUCAAGGAUAUGGAGGCUAUGGUAGCUAUGAUUACCCUGGUUACAACAACUACUACGGAUACGGUGACUACAACAAUCAAUCCGGCGGAUACGGCAAGUCGCCACGGCGUGGCGGUCACACCAACAGUUACAAGCCGUAUUAACGGAGGAAACUCAUCUUCAAGUAGCGGAGCUUCCUUGCAGGCCAUGAGCUGACCCCAGAUACUCUCAGGGCCCGCUCAAUGCGGACCGGGUACGAGAAGCAUACGCUCUCGAAUGCUGCCAUUUGGUAUGGUCUUACAACAUCCUGUAUCCGCAUUUCUAAACUAAACAAUAUGGGACACGUCCAGCUUUGUCAUCUUUCUUUCCAUUUUUUAAUUUCUUUGCAAAUGUUUGUAAUGUAAAACUUAAAAAUAUACACAUGUAAUUGUCAUUUUUUACAGGCCCUUACUUCCCCCACAAGUAAUGAAUAUAAAUAUGAGAAAAUAACUAUUUGCUUUUCAAAGGAUACGUACAGCAUUCUCUGGACUUUCCAGUUCCCAUUGUUAAUAUAUGCAUUCCUAAUCUUAAUUAAAAUGCUUGUUUCUUUAUUUAGCUCUUGUAGCCAGUAGUCCAUGAGCUAAAACCUGGUUGGUAUUUGGACGAGACUGUGUUUGGGGGAGAUAAAGUGCUUUACUUUGUCUACAUGUAUUUCUCUGUUUUGUGUUACUCACAGCGAUGGAAAAGACUCCUCUUUUUGUUAAUCUUCCUGUAACAAAUCUUCCUCUUAUAACCUUUUGUAAAAAAAAAAACCAAGACGUUUCCAGAAAAUUUGCAUGUAAUGCUUUCUGUAAUGUGUAUUUUUUUUAUGACCAAACGAAGAUUUCUUCCAUUUAGUAUUUUGACUUCAGGAUUUCUAGCUUAUGGACUAACUUUUUUUUAAGUGUAAAAUGUUAAAUCAAUUGUUCUCAGUUUGUUUUUUAACAUUGAACAUUUUAAACACGGGGGAUUCCUGUUUGUUUUUUAAUUUAACAGGUUUUCUUCCACCUAAAGCUGAUCUGUUUUUGUUUGUUUUUCGUAGGUUUCAGAGUGAUGAAAGGCAGCAGUGGGCUGGUGGAGCGAUGGACACAGAGAUGAUGGUAUCCAGCAAAGAUCACUGAGCUGAUCGUAAGAAAAACAAUGAAGAGCACUAAGACCUACAGUACAAUUCCUCUAUACUUACCGGAAUAUUUGUGUUGUAUCUUAACAAAAAAUAAGUUUUUGGUGUUUUGCAUUUAUUUAGAUUGCUGCAACGAUUUAGAAGUUUGCGUUCCUCAUCCCUUAUGUUUUUGUAUUUAAUGUUCUCAGACGCUAUUUGUGAAGUUGCCUCAUUUAUUACAUAAAUGAAAUGUUAGAUCAGUUGGAAAAGAUCAC